UAUUCCCUCAAAGGCCAAAAGCUUACAUUUUUCACAUUCAUCAUUACUUUAUUUGACAAUAGUCCAUGCUCUCACCUCCACCUUCAUCUCCACUAGUCUUCUCUCUUCUUUGGAAUAUGCUAGUGGUUCGUCCUCUUCCCUCUCCUUCAUACCCAUAAAAUGUUAGCAGCUUCCUUCUCUCUCACCCUAAUCCCUUCAAUCAUUCCCACUGUUCUGUAAAUGGGGUUUCAAUUUCUCCGAUAUGGAAGACAGACCACCACAAUCCACCGUUCAUCAUGACCCUCCUCAUCCGUCUCUCCCUAAUCAUCAUGAUAAUAUUGACACCUUUAAGGAAGAAUCGCCCAGAAAACCCGUCACAGGCGGUGGCGGAGAUAGGUUGAAGAGAGAUGAGUGGAGUGAAGGAGCUGUGUCGACGCUUUUGGAGGCUUACGAGGCCAAAUGGGUGCUCCGGAAUAGGGCUAAGCUCAAGGGCCAUGACUGGGAGGACGUUGCCAAAUACGUGUCUUCACGCGCCAACUUUAGUAAAUCCGCUAAGACCCAGACUCAGUGCAAGAACAAGAUCGAGUCGAUGAAGAAACGGUACCGUUCUGAGUCCGCGUCUGGGGAUGCUUCCUCGUCUUGGCCUUUGUAUUCGCGUCUCGAUCUUCUCCUGCGCGGGACUGGGCCUACUCCGUCGACCACGACGCCGGCUGUGCCGCUUGCUGCGGCCUUGGUGGCGCCUUCUGAGUUGACACAUCACGGGAAUAGCCAGGGUUUGGUGUUGUUGGAGCCACCGCCAACGGUGGAUCGGCUUCCUCAUCAACCACAACCGCCUCCGGUGGCCGUCGGUGCUCCUCCUCCGCCUGUCAACGCUCAAAACUCUCAUGGAUCCAACGGUGUUGACAGGUUAGCCAAGGAAGAUGGAUUAGGAACGAACAAGUCAUCGGAUCAAGUGUCCAACAAGAACAUGAAUGAAGUAUUGGACACAGAUAGCAGCACACCGGCCCUCUAUAGCCAUUCAAAGGAGCACGCGACAAGGAGCAACAACAACAACGGCAAGAGGAAGAUGAAGAUGGACCAUCAGGGCAACAUGAAGAAGAUGAAGAGAAGGAGCAAAGAAGAGAAGAUUAAUGAGAUGGGAAUAGCAGAGAGCAUAAGGUGGCUUGCAGAAGUGGUGGUGAGAUCAGAGCAAGCCAGAAUGGAGACAAUGAAGGAGAUAGAGAGGAUGAGGGUUGAAGCAGAGGCCAAGAGAGGAGAAAUGGAUCUCAAAAGAACUGAGAUCAUUGCUAGUACCCAGCUAGAGAUUGCUAGGAUCUUUGCAAGUGUCAAUAAUAAAGGUGUUGAUUCCUCACUAAGAAUUGGUAGGAGUUAAUUAAUCAAUUAAUCAUGUGUAUUGGUUAGUGUAUAGAGUUGAUUAUUUAAUCAAUAUAUAUAAUGUUAUAUUGAUGAGAAAACUUUGGGGAGAGGGAGAUCUAUAACUAUGUAAUUGGCUAACUGCAGGAUAAGAGAGUGACAAUAAUAUCUCCUAACCCAUUAUUGUAAACUUAAUUUGUAGCGUCCACUUUAAUUAAUUAAGGGAACCAAGGGUUGCUUCUGUUUCUUUAUUAUUAUAAA